AUGAUGUAUUCAUAUUACAAUCCACGAAAAUCAGAUGAUCUUGGAAUUAUGGCUGAGGGAUUGGCUACUGUUUGUGCCACAUUGGGAGAGUAUCCCACGUUAUGGUAUAUACUUUUCUUCUUCGCACAUUUUCAUCGACAUAGGUAUCGCGCGGAUUUUGAACUUGUCAAGCCAUAUAAUGCAUGUAAUUGCUUAUUCAAAGAGUGGUUUAUAGAUCGCGGUUUUGACGCUGUCACUCCUCUUCUACACGAAUUGACCCUGCAAGCGAUGUGUCAAGACGUACUCGGAAUCGAGAACGACGUAUAUUGCUAUGAAACCGGUGGCAAGAGCCAUGAGCUCAUCUUAGAUGAAAAUGAUGAACUAUGGAUUAAAACUCGCCACAAGCAUAUUGCUGAUGUAUCUCAGGAAAUUGUCAAAGGGCUAAAAAAGCUUGGUGACACAAAAGAUGCUUCUAAAGCUGUUGCAGAUGUCAAAUCAAUCAAGGAUCUUUCGGAACUAAUCAAGAAGAUGCCACAACAUCAGAAAGAAUUGAAUAAGUUUACGAGCCAUUUUCAUUUGGUGGAGGAUUGUAUGCGAAAGUACCAAAAUGGCAUAGACAAGCUUUGUAAG